AGUUAUCAUAGAGGAGGGCGUCCGCGUCGGCUUUUGUAACUAGACACAGCAGAUGACCAUCGCAAACAAAAAUGAACUCUUCACUCGCACAUCGGUCCUCCUUGUGCGGGCUUUUCUUCCAUUUUGUCAUCUUCCUGCUCUGCGUUCCAAAAGCCGCGGCCAGUACGUCGUCUCAAGAAACAACCAUAUCACGCCCUAGAGCUGCAAGAGGUGGUCUGGGAAAUGAAAGGAGCGCCGCGCUCCCACCAUUUGUAGAUGAAAAGUUCACCAAUGGCAAAAAAACGAUAAUCACAAAUUCAAAUAACAGAACGCGCGCUGCUUACACUUCCCUCUCACGGCCCGACGUACUCGAUGAAGAUACACUCGUCCAGGAAAUAGGCGACCGUAACCGACGACUAUCCGUUCCUGCGCGAUUUCCACUAGCAUCUGAGCGAUUACGCCCAGAUUCUCCCGUUCAAAUUGAGCUCAACCCUGGAACUGGUGUGCAAGUCCAAUUUCAAUGUCUUGGCGCUCCAGCGGAUGCGAUCGUAUCACUGCAUACGUACCUCUCCGCUGCAGAUCCCUUGCUCAUCCUAGUCGACCGCAACGCUCCACCGCAUGCCCUAUCCAAGGCGCUAGACAGCUCUUUUGAGCAUUGGCAAAACAAUGCUCACAAUUCGGCGUACUUGGACGUUGGCGAGAAUGGAGUAGGAAACGAACCAAGAAACUAC